GCGGGCUGAGAGGCGGUGUGCGUUCUCUCUCUCCUUUGCACGCGGUGCAGGAAGCCGGUAGGCCUGAGCAGCUCGUGCUGAAUAAUGCCGGGAAAACUCCGCAGCGAGUCCAGGUUGGGAUCAGACGCGGCCGAGGAGAGCAUGGAGAAGCUGCCGAAGUCAAGCGACAAGAAAACUAAAAAAGAAAAGACAAAAUCCAAGACCGAAGAAGCAACAGACAGAACGGAAGAAACUGUUUCUUCCAAAGCCAAAUCAGUUAAAAAGAAAGGGCCUGCAGAAGAUGAUGUGGAGCCCCCUAAGCCCAAGAAGACCAAGAAGCAAGAGGAGGCACCUCAGGACGACACUGCUUCUAAAAGCAAGACCUCCAAGAAGAAAAAGGAGCCCCUUGACAAGAAAUCGGCCUCUACUAAAACCAAAGAAAUAAAAACUGAGGAACCUUCAGAGGAAGACACAGAUGUUCCUAAGCCCAAGAAGAUGAAGAAAGGAAAGGAAGCAAAUGGAGACAUUGGAGAGAAAAGCCCCAACCUGAAGAACGGAUUCUCUCAUGCAGAGUCGAGUGACGCUACUGGCGAAGACAGCAGUGAGACAGAGAAGGAAAUACCCGUGGAACAGAAAGAAGGCGCUUUCUCUAAUUUCCCCAUAUCUGAAGAGACUAUCAAGCUUCUCAAAGCUCGUGGGGUGAAUUACCUGUUUCCUGUACAAGCCAAGACAUUCCACCAUGUGUACAGUGGGAAAGACUUAAUUGCCCAGGCACGGACAGGAACCGGGAAGACAUUCUCCUUCGCCAUCCCUUUGAUCGAGAAGCUUCAGAGUGGGCUACAAGAGAGGAAGAGAGGCCGUGCUCCUCAGGUACUAGUUCUCGCACCUACAAGAGAAUUGGCAAAUCAAGUGAGCAAAGACUUUAGUGACAUCACAAAAAAGUUAUCGGUGGCUUGCUUUUAUGGUGGAACUCCCUAUGGUGGUCAAAUCGAGCGAAUGCGGAGUGGGAUUGAUAUCCUGGUUGGGACCCCGGGUCGUAUUAAAGACCACCUGCAGAAUGGAAAGCUGGAUCUCACCAAACUUAAACAUGUUGUCCUGGAUGAAGUUGACCAGAUGUUGGACAUGGGUUUUGCUGAUCAAGUAGAAGAAAUUUUAUGUGUGGCAUACAAGAAAGAUUCUGAAGACAACCCCCAAACAUUGCUUUUCUCUGCAACUUGCCCUCAUUGGGUAUUUAAUGUUGCUAAGAAAUACAUGAAAUCUACAUACGAACAGGUGGACCUGAUUGGUAAAAAGACUCAGAAAGCAGCCAUAACUGUGGAGCACCUGGCGAUUAAGUGCCACUGGAGUGAGAGGGCAGCGGUCAUUGGGGAUGUGAUCCGAGUGUACAGUGGUCAUCAGGGACGCACUAUCAUCUUCUGUGAAACCAAGAGAGAAGCCCAGGAACUGUCACAGAAUUCGUGCAUAAAGCAGGAUGCCCAGUCGUUGCAUGGCGACAUUCCACAGAAGCAAAGGGAAAUCACCCUGAAAGGUUUCCGAAAUGGCAGUUUUGGUGUUUUGGUGGCGACCAAUGUAGCUGCACGUGGCUUAGACAUCCCUGAGGUUGACCUGGUUGUCCAAAGCUGCCCGCCGAAGGAUGUGGAGUCCUACAUUCACCGUUCAGGGCGGACAGGCAGAGCUGGAAGGACGGGGGUUUGCAUCUGCUUUUAUCAGCACAAGGAAGAGUACCAGUUAGUGCAAGUGGAGCAGAAAGCGGGAAUUAAAUUUAAGCGGGUAGGUGUUCCUUCUGCAACAGAAAUAAUAAAGGCCUCUAGCAAAGAUGCCAUCAGGCUUUUGGAUUCUGUGCCUCCCACUGCCAUCAGCCACUUCAAGCAGUCAGCUGAAAAGCUGAUUGAGGAGAAGGGGGCUGUAGAGGCCCUGGCAGCCGCGCUGGCCCACAUUUCAGGGGCCACAUCGGUCGACCAGCGCUCCUUGAUCAACUCACAAGCGGGCUUUGUCACCAUGAUCCUACAGUGCUCGAUUGAGAUGCCCAACAUUAGCUAUGCUUGGAAAGAACUCAAGGAGCAGCUGGGCGAAGGCAUUGAUGCCAAAGUGAGGGGGAUGGUCUUCCUCAAAGGAAAACUGGGAGUUUGUUUUGAUGUCCGCACUGAAGCAGUCACAGAAAUACAGGAGAAGUGGCAUGAUUCAAGACGCUGGCAGCUCAGUGUGGCCACGGAGCAGCCAGAGCUGGAAGGACCCGUGGAUGGAUAUCGAGGUGGCAGGGGUCAGCGUGAUGGCAACCGCGGUGCAUUCAGAGGACAGCGGGGUGGAAGCAGGAACUUCAGGGGGCAGGGGCAGCGAGGAGGAAAUAGAAACUUCAGAGGACAGCGACCCGGAGGUGGCAACAAAGGCCAGAAGCGGAGUUUUAGUAAAGCGUUUGGUCAGUGAGUAGAGGCUAGCAGGAACUGUUCACACUGUGGACCCCACUGCCCUUCCCCCUGUCAAAGCCCCCAGUGCUUCCUUCCUUUUUGAUCAUUUGCUCAGCCCCCAUUCCUUGUAGAGAGAUGGGCUCUGGACUGUUUGAUCUAACAUCAUGAGCUGUCUUCGUAGGAACCCAGUUCAUCAUUUUCCAACAUAGUGUCUAAUUUUACAAAGUAAAGCCGGCCGUGGAUCUGUCUGUCCUUAAGUGUUGACUUUGCAGUGUGUGCGUGCACUGGGGCCUGAUCUCAGAACCUCACGUGCCGAGUGUGCACACACCCUACAACUAAACUCCAUCUCUACUCCCCAGAAUAUCUCUCAGUAACGUCCUCCAAAGAAAAUCCCUAAGGAAUGGCUGCCUCUGGUCUCUGGAGGACCAUACAUCAAGGGUUUUUUUCCCGUGAUACUUGGCCUCCUGGCCUGUUGACAAACAGUCGCUAGUGUCUGUAUGUGUGUGCUGAGGUUUGAUGCUGAACAAUGCUUUUCAGUGCCUAUCAGACUUAGCUGAUUUGAACAGUUUGUGGUAAGUUCUGGAUGUGGAGGGUGGAACGCAGACAGUAUAGAUCUCUUCAUAGUGUCUCCACAUACUCUUGUUUCUCAGCAGAAGGUGUUCUGGUGAAUUCUCCAUAGUGUAUAUAGAAGUACAUUUUUAUAGGAGCCAGUGUCUUUAAAGUUAGGUUCCAAAUGUCUGAAAUUUUUUCAUCAGUAAUAAGACUAGAUACAUGGUAUUUAAGUGCUUGUGCCCUUCUUUUAGAAGAUUAAUUUGCCAGGAAGUAAUUAAGGGAAGAGGGCUCAGUUGUUAUUGCUGAAGAACUUUUCAGGUCUGGUGGUGGUAGCACAUACCUUUAAUCCUAGCACUAGGGAGGCAGAGAGGCAGGCAGAUCUCUGAGUUCAAGGCCAGCCUGGUCUAGAGUGAGUUCCAGGACAGCCCCAAAGCUACAAAGAGAAACCCUGUCUCAAAAACAAAACAAAACAAAAAAUGUUUCCAAAAAGCCACAAUAAAAGAAUCUCAUCUUCACAAGUGAGGAAGCAGGAGGAAGCUUGCUUUAAAUGGUGACCACUCUGAGUCAUGACUCUUCAAGGAACUGUAUCUACUAGUGGGCAGAGUGGGACAGUUUUCUCAGUGGCCUGGAUCUUAAGCCACAGCAUAAGAUCUGUUUCUGUUAGGCUGCUUCACUAUUGAAAAGUUAUCACCAUUUAGAGAAUUCCAAAACAAGUUGUACCAUUGAAGUUGUUGCUUUGCGGGAACUGAAGAACUCAGCACCCGGCCCAGCAACAACUGACCCAGUUCUCCGCGGUUCUUUCUCUGGGAACCAUCCCACCUAGCACAAGAACCCCAAGUGGUGGGUCCUCAUGCCUUCCUGGAGAUUCUUUACAGGGAAUCGUAGGACAGACUCAGAAAACCAGAAUCACAUGCUCUGUCUUGUUUCCUCCAAUUGUUUAGAUCAGCUAAGAUUGUCAGGCUCAUCCUCUGAUGGCAGUGUGAGCGGUGCCUCUGGCCUAGCACCACAGGGCUCUGAUCACCGCAUCAGCUUCAGUUUUCCACUCUGACCAGAUGGUUCUUGUCCUCUGUGCUUGGAAUUCUUUGGAAAUUUUUCUUUGUUGAUGACUGUGGCUUAUAUAAGUUUUGGUUUUGCCCAACCACUGGGCAUGCUUUAGUGAAACCUUUCACUAUUAGGAUAAGAAUUUGUGCUGUAGCACGCUGAUGGCAGAACAUGCUGGCCUUUCAGGGGAAGAGGCUAAAACCUGGUUUUAGCCUAUGGAAAAAUGAUCUGCCAUAAAUCAAACAAUGAAGGGAAGGCUAUAUAGUACACACUGUAAGUGAAGCAUAGGUCUCUGAACAAAUAAAGAUAGGUUUCGUCUAUAUCCCAGAAUCUAAACAAUAUUUAUAUGUAUAAUUUAGCUGUUGUUUGGUUUAAAUGGGCUUUAUUGGGAAAUGUUAUCAUUUUUACUAUUUUCUACAGAGAAAAUAUUUUCCAGUUUCAGAUAACUCUGGAUUUUGAAUUAUACCUGUUUUUCUGUUCAGUCUGUCUGUGUAUUGUACAUAAACUGUUUGUACCUUCAGAUGACUCACUGUAUAAAGUACUGCAUUAUGCCGUAAUAAAGAUACUAAUGCUUUAUA